CUGACAGCGACCCGCUGCCGGUUAACGACUUGAGAAGAUUUUAGCAAUAUGAAUAAUCAUUGGCUUUACACAAGCAAUGGUCCGUCCUCAAUUGUUUUGAAGAAAUUCAAGCACAAGGAGCGCGUUGUGGUCGCUAUUAUUCGGGAAGUACCGCGCUUGAGCAACAAUAACCACUUGGAAUACUGCUGGUCGUCAUUGAGCGAUACGUCCCGUAUCAUAACUGAGUUGGGCCGCGUGCUUGAUGGGGUAGCAGACUUGGAUACCUUGACGGAGCUACAGAAGAAGAAGAAGAUUUUUAUUGCUGACGUCAAUGUCACUUUGGGCGUCAAAGCGGUAGAAGAGACGCUGAAGCAGGAUAUAAAGAAGCACUGUGAAUCGAACGCCGUCUCUCUGAUGGUGGUCGUUAAAUACGGAGAUCAUGAAAUUGCCGAGGAAGAAUUCGAAAGACAGGCCGCCCCACGACUGCAAACAGCUAGCAACCAGGAAGCUGGGAACAACUCUUCGGAUUACUAGAGAGCUUUAUUUUAUUCAAGACAUCUGGCUACUUCCAAUUCUCUUUUGCUGAAGGAUGUCUUCUCGUGAAUGCAAUACAAUAAAAAAUUAAACCAAAA